GCCCCUUCUCCUUCAACACCACCACCACCACCCCCGGCCUCCAAUAUAUAACUUCUCAUUCUCACACUCACACUCACACUCCCCCCCAUAUAUACACACAAACACGCACAUUCAUUCAUUUCUGUCUCUGCAUUAUUAACUUACUUAUUCGGGAAAAAUGAACAGACCGGGAGACUGGAACUGCAGGUCCUGCCAGCACCACAACUUCCAAAGAAGAGACUCCUGCCAGCGGUGUGGGGACCCCAGGCCCGGUGAUUACGGGAGCUUCGGCGGCAGAGUCGGGUCCGGGUUCGGCUUCAGCACCGGCCCAGAUGUCAGGCCUGGCGACUGGUACUGCGCCGUCGCCAACUGCGGCGCCCACAACUUCGCCGGCCGCUCCAGCUGCUUCAAGUGCGGCGCUCUCAAGGAUGAAAUCGGCAUCGGCGGAGGAGGAUUCGGGUUUGAGAGCGAGCUCUCGCGUCGUGGAUUCAUGUUCGGAGGUGGCGGCCGCUCCGGAUGGAAAUCCGGCGACUGGAUUUGCACCAGGUCCGGCUGCAAUGAGCACAACUUCGCUAGCAGGAUGGAGUGCUUCAGGUGCAAUGCACCGAGGGAGUCGAGCAGCAAAUCUUCGUUCUAAUAAUAAUAAUUAUAUAUAUAACAGCCCACCAUCAUUCUCUACUUUUGGGUUGAAGAUAAGAAAGAAUCAAGAUCGGAGCACUCCACCAGAAGUAGCCGAUGAAUGAAAGCUUUUUUUGUCUCCACUCCACGUCAUCACUAGCUCUAGCUACUUUGCCUUAAUGUCCCUGUUUUUUUUUUUUUUUUAAUGUUUAAUUUACUUUUCCAAGUUUAGGCAAAUUUGGUGACAUUAUUUAAAUUUGUGGGCUUUGUAGCAGUAUGAAUAUUAUAUAGUUAGUAGGCAUUUUCUUGUUA